AUGUCUGGCAAGCAAAGCAACCAUAAUGGAGAAAAUUUAGGGAAUAAGUCUCCAGGAUCAAAAGUGCACAGUAGUCCCAACUCAGGGAAAAUCGAAGGUAGCAGUGAAGCCAAGGACAAUGCAACUGAAAUCAGAGCGGUAUUUAGCUCGUCAAGCAACUUGAAGGAAGAUGAAGAAAAUAAAUCAAGGCCGCAAACAUCACCGCUCUUGUCAUCGACCCCACCUAGUGUUGCUAAGUCGUUGGUAAGAUCGUAUCCGUACUUAUUGAUAGUUAAUAAGUUUUUAUCGAUCAUAACAUGGACUAAUGAUGAUUAUUGGAUCAAUAUUAUUCUUGUUUGUUUGUAUUCGUUGGCUAUAUUGUAUUUCGAAAAUUUGGUGACAUGGCUGGGACAUUUGAUUAUAGUAGGCAUUAUCACAUUGUAUGCAUUAUUAAACAAUAAAAUCAUUGAGGAAACGAAUUUACACCCAACUUUGGAUGAUGUUGUUCAGGCAUUGACCACUACGUGUAUCAAAGCUGACAUGUUGUUGAAUCCUAUUACAUCAUUGUCGUUAACUGCCUACGACAUCAAAAGACUCCUUUUCACAACGGUUUUCUUGACUCCGCUUUAUCUUAUUGUGACAUUUUUAAUUGUCAAGCCCAGAAUCAUAUUGUUAUUCACGGGACUCCACAUUCUUACAUACCACUCAUCGUACUCGAGAGUUACGCGUAAAAUGUUGUGGAAGAUUAAAUUGGUCAGAGUGUUGUGUUUUUACUUGACCGGAUUGGAUUUCCUGCAAGCUAGAAACCAUUCCUUAUUUGCUGCUGCCUUUGCUAAAGUUCACAAAAAUGCUGGACAUGCUUUAGACUUGAGUAGUGAAGCUUCCAACAAACCUGUAAGAUUUACAUACGUGAUUUACGAAAAUCAAAGACGUUGGUUGGGUAUCGGUUGGACAUCGAAUUUAUUGUCUUACGAAAGAACUCCAUGGACCGAUGAAUUUUUGAAUGAAUCUUCGUCCAUUGAGAGUUUCCAACUUCCAAAUAACGAAAACAAUAACUAUUCAUUUGGAGCCCAACAAUCGCAGCAAUUGUCCGGAAACGGUACAACCUGGAGAUGGGUUGAUAAGACUUGGAGAUUAGACUUGACAAAUGAUGGCGCCAUUACUUUACAAAACAAUAAGAGAUCCAAGACCACUGCUAAUCCAUCCACCGAUGAAGGUUAUAUCUAUUACGAUAAUACCUGGAAAAAGCCAUCGACUGAAGAUUCAUUUUCAAAGUAUACUAGAAGAAGAAGAUGGAUCAGAACUGCCGAGUUGGUAUUUAAUGGCUCGUCUGAUAGGACUCCUUCAACUGAGGAAGAAAUUUCGUCUAGCAGUGCAAAUAUUCCUGAAUCUUCCAAUUCAACCACUGGCGCAGAAACAAACAAUUCUUCAAAGUCGGCUAAGAAAAGAAAGAGCUUAAGAUUUGUGGACUCAGAAUCAGACAAAACAGAUGAGAAGACUGAUAAGCCAGAAUCCCUCAAUCAAGUUGAAAAAGAAUUAGCAAAUGAAGAUCUGUCUACAAAAGACUUGAAAAAAGGAGUAGAAGAACUAACCUCAAUGGCUCAAGAAGCCGAUUUCACGGGCAAGAAAAAUGAUUGA